AUGUAUCAAGUUUUUUUUCCUAGAAGCUUUGGUUAUUUAGGAUUUUCUAGUUAUAUCAGUAGAAAAUGUAUUCAAACCAGUUCAAAUGAUACGAUAAAAAUAGAGAAUGGUCAAAGAUUAGAAGCAGCAAUAAAGUAUUGUAGCGAUCUCGUUAGGAAGCAUGAUCCGGAGAAUUACCUUGUGUCGAUGUUUUAUCCAAAACAUCUUCGAAAGAUUUAUUACGCGAUACGUGCUUUUAAUCUUGAAUUAAUAAUGGUUCGCGAUUCAGUUAGUAGUCCUCAAAUUGGAAAGAUAAGGAUGCAAUUUUGGCGUGAUACCAUUGAUAAUGUGUUUAAGGGUAAGCCACCUCAACAACCAAUUGCACAAGUCUUAUUCAAUGCUUUAGAAACUUGCCGAUUGUCGCCUCUAUUUUUUAAAAGAGUAAUUGAUGAAAGGGAAGCAAUUCUAGAUGAUUUACCGUAUUUCGCUACUAAAGAUCUUGAAUCAUAUGGUGAAAAUACUGCGUCAUGUCUUCUAUAUUUACAUCUUGAAUCUUUAAAUGUUAAGGAUAUGCAGGCAGACCAUGUUGCAAGCCAUAUUGGAAAAGCUAUUGGAAUUGUGACUAUUCUAAGAGCAUUUCCUUAUCUUGCUAGUAAAAGAAGGAUGCUAUUAUCUACUGAAAUCCUUGCAAAGCAUAACAUUUCACAAGAAGAAAUAUUUAGGUCAGGUUCCGUUAAAGGGUUAGAUGAUGCUGUUUUUGAAGUAGCCACGUUGGCUCACGAUCAUUUACUUACUGCUCGAUCAUUUUUGCCAGAUAUACCUGGUCAAGCUUUGCCUGCUUUAUUAUCAGCCGUGCCUUGCGAUUUAUACCUGAAGAGAUUGGAAAAAUAUAAUUUUAAUGUAUUUGAACCAAAAGUAAAUAGGAAAGAUUGGAGAUUGCCUAUUCAAUUAUGGCAUAGAUAUAGAAAAAGAAGUUUCUGA